AUGAGCUUUGUAAAUCCGAAUCAUUCACAUUCUGCUUCCGAAUGCGACAAGUGGCAACAAAUGGAGGAUUGUGACUCUCCACAGACGACAACUACUACUAUCCCAAAAUCUGAGAGUCAGCCACAAAUGGAUAGUCCAUCACCUCGUCAAAUGUUUACAAUGACUUCAACAAGUGAUGAUGAAGGAGUGGAGGAUGGCCAUUUGUCUCCUCUCCUCAUUCCCUCUUCAUUUCAUCUCCAUCCAUCUGAUGGCCCAGCUAAACGUAGUCGGGUACAAUUCAAUCUCGGAGAUGAUCUCCGUGCCUCUUCUUGCAAUUCUUCACGUCAGAUGAUCAACAGACGUUCUUCCGAUUUCGAUAGUCACGAUUUUAUGAUUCCGGGUGAACCGAGUUUGGAGCAAAUUUCACAAGUCGACGGCGCUUCAAUUCCUCUGCUCUUCGAGCUUUACCAUCACGAUCCAGAGGAACUUCAAUGGAAAGAGGCAUCUCGCUUUCUACGAUACGAAGAGGAUGUAACCGGUGGAAACACCAAAUGGGGAGAACCCUAUCAACCAACAAUUCUCUUCUUCUAUUUUCAAUAUCUAAAAAACGUUUUACAAAAAGGGGCCACAAUUCUUGACGUCACAGUUGAACACUACAUGGAAUUAUGUGAUAUUGUGACAAAAGAAUUAGUGCAAAACAAUCCAACGAUGAAAGAACAUGUUCAUUCUUUGCUGGCAGCCGAUGGAUGGACUCCAAAAGAUCGUAUACCUCGAAAUUCUUCGGUUGGACAAAUGUUACCUCACACUAGAUCGGCAAUCAUGAAUCGAAACCCUUCUAUUGUACCUUCUGAGACAGCAUUCCCACGCCGAAGCACUGAUUCUGACUUCCGUAAUGGAAAUCGACUGAGAGAAUCAUUCAAGAGAAGCAGAGCCUUAUCUCUUUUUUAUCAUCCAGAACGAGAUGGAGCCCAGCCGAUGCUUGAUGAUUCUUUAGUAGCUGAAGCUGCCGAUGUUGUGCAGGUGUAUGUUUGUGAGCAAUAUGGAAUGAAAGAGAGUCGACUGGUUAUUUGUCGUUUGUCAACUCCGAUUUGUGGAAAGGAGGGUAAUGUGGCUGUUCGUUUCUUUAUCUUUUUGUGUGUUCCGCCACAACCAGAAAUUCUUGAUUCGCUUCAAGCCGGAAAGGCACUCUGCGCGGUCCUUUCGAAUAAGAUCUUUAAACCGUUAUUAUACACGGCAAAAUCAGCUAACGAUAUUGCGCAAAAUCUUGACUGUUUUUUGUCAGAGGCAAUAAUUAUCCCUCCUGGAAGCAUCGAUAGCAGAAAAUUGAUUCGAACAGAUGAAAUUCGACAAACUUUGGCUGAACGAGAGAGAAGAUGGACAGAAAAAGUAGCAAUAACAAGAAAGAAAAGCGGAAUUCAUCCUCAAUGGAUUGUCCAAGAUAUGAAAGGAAAAGUUCAUCUUGCACCUGCUCCAUUUUACGAAGAAACAACAUUGAUUGUGCCAAAAGAUGCCUUCUGGCAUUCAAUGAGAGAACGGCGAUUCUUUGGUGGAGUGAUUAGAGAUUACAAACGGAGAUUUCAACAAUUCUCGAGUGAUUGGACAGAUGCUUGCCACAAGAAAGUGAUUUGGGCGACUCUCUUUACUCUCAUCGCCACAAUCCCUGCUGGCUUAUGUUUUGGCGGACUUUUGGGCAAAUACACAAAUAAUCAGUUUGGAGUUUUCCAAACUUUGAUCUCAAUGGUACUAUCAAAUGGAAUUUGGUCGUUUGCCUCUUGUCAACCAUUGAUCAUUCAAGCUCCAACUGGACCGGUUCUCAUUUUUGAAGUGGCUCUUUAUGAGAUCAGCACGGAAAUGGGAGUGGAUUAUCAAACAGUGCGAUAUUUCACAGGAUGGUGGUGCUUGGUGAUUUGUAUUGUUCAUUGCUGUUUUGGACUCUCGAAGUUAUUACACAAAGUUACAUCGUUUACGGAAGAUAUAUUUGAGACAUUGAUUUGUGCCAUUUUUAUCAUGGAGAGCUUCUUUUUCUUGCAAUCGGCUCUUAACGAAAAUCCAAUCAUGAACCUCAAACACUACGAAGAUUGUACAUCGAAUGGAAAGCAACUUCAAAACGGGACUGUGAAAGAAAAUUGUUCUUCAAAAGGUUCUCCCAAUGUGGCUCUUUUGAGUUUGGUUCUUUUCCUCGGAACUUUCCAACUGGCCAAUAUCUUCAAGAACGCCAAGAACUCAUUUCGCAUCGAGAGACGGCUUCGACGAGUGAUUUCUGAUUUUGGAGCCGUUCUAUCGGUGGGCAUCGCCACUGCUGCUUAUUAUAUUCUGUCUGGGGAUGUUCAAUUACAGGAAAUUGAUAUGACUGAUCGAAAGAAAUUGUGGUCUUCAAAUGAGAAAUUUUUUGGUCUUUUUGAAAUCUCUCUAAAAGAGCAUUCAUGCAAAGUUCACGCAUUGGCGCUUCUUGCUGGAUUCCUUGUUUACACACUUUUGUUUUUGGAAACUGGCAUCACUGAAUUGUUGAUUCUGAAGAAAAAACGAGUCUCCAAAGGUGGUGGUCUUCACGGAGAUGUGAUUUUAAUGGGCCUACUAACAGCACUUUGUUCAACAUUUGGAUUACCAUGGAUGUGUGCAGCAGCAGCUCAAUCAAUGGCUCACAUCGAUGCUUUAACAGUUAACAAAAGAAAAGCACCAGGAGAGAAAGAAGAACCAUUGUAUGUCAUCGAACAGAGAGUAUCGACAUUUGGAGUGGCCAUAUUGUUCGUUGUAGUUAUCAUUCUUGGAGGAGAACUAGAUAACACAAUAAGUGUUCCAAUGGCUGUCUUAUUCGGUGUGUUUAUGUAUUUGGGUUGUCGAAAUCUUCGAGAUAUUCGGUUGGUCGAAAGAGCUCUGUUAAUCGUGACGCCAUUGAAGCAUUACUCAAAAGCGGUUUCUGGAUAUGAUCGGAUAAACCCUAAAAAGCUCUGGUUGUACACAGGGAUUCAAGUGGUGCUAGUCACUGUGACAUUGGCUCUCAAAAUGGAUCGGAGAACCGCUUGGAUGUUUCCAUUUGCAAUUAUUCUUAUUGCCUUUUCUCGGGUUUAUGUCCUUCCGCAUUUGUUUUCUAUAUUUGAACUUUUGGUGCUUGAUGGCGAAGCCGAGAAAAAUCGCGACAAAGAUGAGGAUGAAGAAGUAAAUUCGAUCUCUUCUGCUGUGGCUCCAGUU